AUGAUUUCCAGAUGUAGGGCAAUACCGAAGAUUCAGUUGUCUGCGAGUAGUAUAGCUGAAUUGCUUCGGAAGCAGAGGGAUCAAACCUCUUCUCUGGUAGCCAAGAGAAGUAACUUUAUUAUGGAGCAACAGCCCAAGAGGUUAGGUCCUCUGGAAUCAGCUGAGCUCGUAUCCAGCCAAUCGAAGGAUGUGACAAUUUUGCUUGAUGGUGUUCAGUCUCUAGCUGACAAACUGGAGAAGCUGAUCUCAUCACAGAGUUACAGUCUCAAGUCAUGGAAACAGCAUACCCUACACCCUCAGGCCAUGGACAGGACUACCGUGGACUGGAUCUUUUUCAUAGAUCUCAUGAACUUUUCGUUCUGGUCUGACGAUCCUUGUGUAGAUUAUUCUGUGGAAUAUGGCGGAGAGGAUCACAUCGAUUACUGGGCACUGUGUUCGGUUGUCAGACGAGCCAUUGACGAGGGAAUACCGCUGUUAUCCGCUGAAUAUCUAGCAAAAAUGAGCAUUGAUGACGUUAGACACGUAUUUCGUUCAUCUUCAUCUGCUGAGCUUUCGCAACUUGAGACCCGCCAGCAGCAUUUGAACACUGCGGGCAAGGUACUUAUGGAGAAGUUCAACGGGUCAUUCUCGUACUGCGUGGAGUCCUGUGGGCACAGUGCAAGGCUAUUGCGAGAGCUAAUUGUUGCCAAUUUCCCAUCAUUUCGUGAUGAAGCCGACUUUAAUGGCACACCUUGUGCGUUCUACAAGAGAGCGCAGAUUCUCAUCGCUGACUUGUGGGCUUGCUUCGAGAACAAGAGCUUUGGCAGGUUUGAGGACAUUGAUUGCAUCACUAUGUUUGCCGACUACCGUGUCCCACAGGUCCUACUCCAUCAUGGCGUCCUCCAGUAUUCUGAGUCGCUCAUGUCCCACUUGCGGGAGCGACGCCUGGUGGAAGUAGGCCACCGGUGGGAGCUGGAGAUCCGCGCGGCCACCAUCUGGUCCGUGGAAUUGGUGCGCCGCGAGCUAGUCAAGCGACGUGAUGGGCAACCACUGGUGGUGGACAGUGCUGACGCGGCAGUGUCACAAAUAUUCCCACUGAAUGGCAUCAUGAUCGACUUCUAUCUGUGGGACUCGGCUGAAGACUUGAACUUGAACGACCAGUCACUGGAUUUCCCAAUGCAUCGGACAAGAACGAUCUUCUACUGAGUGCUACUAGUGCUUGGGAACGGGGGAAUGGAGUCCAUCGCUCGCCACACUGCUCCGAUCGGAACCCGGUAGGGGUAGCCUGAUAGGGUAAUCCCCAGUUUAGCUGCACCCCGGUUUCCCUACCAGAACAGUACACGAGUAUUGGCUACAGUUCAAGAUGUUCAUACCCGUUGGAGACGUCACAGUGGCUUCCAGGACUGGGGCCAACCAGUGCUUUGAUUAGCACGCCAUAGCCGCGUGAAUGGCAAUGCUGUUUGCCCAUUGGUGUCAAGUGCAUGAUGAACAUCAGUAACGCAGUCUGGCUCUUGCACCCAGCCGUCGUGGGAAUUUGCAAAUUCGCCAUCAAUCGUGCACCCAGGGCAGCAGUACCUGAUCACGAUCCCAGCAGCAAUCCUACUGGUACUGGACUGAUGGUGACUUUUGUCCCGUCCUACAACUCAUGCAAUCUAGUCGGUACUGGGCUUGCGGCGACUUGUGGUCCAUCCUGUCACUCAUGCAGUGUGCCUGAGGGUGCAUUUGCCACUGCUGUGUGCCUGAGGGUGCAUUUGCCACUGCUGUGUGCCUGAGGGUGCAUUUGCCACUGCUGUGUGCCUGAGGGUGCAUUUGCCAUUAUUUUCACCAGUGGAUGGGCGAUUUCCUUACGGUAUUUGCCCAGGGUUUGGCUAUCAGUCAGCUAUGCAUGGAGCCUCUCCACAGUAGUCCUCUGCUUGGCACAUGCACAUGCAUUAUUGCGAGUACGUGUGUUGCCUACACUGCAGUGCCUUGGGCAAUUUGAAACUGGCUCCUGUCAACAUGCGUGUUGUCGGUGGCAACCAAGCUGCUAUGACAAUAAAUGACUGGCAUGAGGUAUUCAAGCUGCAGAUUCAAGCUGCAGAUUCUCUCUGUUACAACUUACUUACUUGAUGAUCACACAAAGAACGUUUUCAUUGAUUUACCCUUGCACAGUAGAAAAUGGUGCAAAGCAUAAAUGCUAUUUUGACAUGUG